UGUGGGAGUGAUUAAGGAAGUAAAAUGGCGGACCUGGCCAACGAAGAAAAGCCAGCCAUUGCACCUCCCGUCUUUGUAUUUCAGAAAGAUAAAGCACAGAAGAGAUCAGCAGAUGAGUCAAGUCCAGAAGAUGGGGAAGAAUCUGACCGAGAAGAUGGGGGUUACUGUCCUCCUGUAAAACGGGAAAGAACGUCUUCAUUAACACAGUUUCCUCCUUCACAGCCAGAGGAAAAGAGCACUGGAUUCAGACUGAAGCCACCGACUCUCAUCCACGGCCAGGCACCAAGUGCAGGAGUCCCAAGUCAGAAACCGAAGGAACAACAGCGAAGUGUCUUGCGCCCAGCAGUAUUGCAAGCUCCCCAGCCAAAAGCUUUCUCACAAACAGUUCCAAGCAGUGGAACCAAUGGUGUAAGUAUCCCUCCAGAUCCUCUGGCUGCUACAUUUGAACCCACAACUAAUACCAUACCGAAAAGUCCCGAUUCAGAAGACAUGGAGAACCCAUGCCAGAAAAAUAAACCCAACAAUGCUUCACAUACUGAAAAAUGUGAAAAAGAGCAGAACACACAGCAAUCCUUUGUGUUUGGGCAAAACCUAAGAGACAGAGUGAAGCUAGGAGAUGAAGGGGAUGAAUCAGCUGAUGUGCAAAACACCUGGCUCCCAAGCUCUGAGAUGCCUUCUGCUACAAACUACUUCCUGCAGUAUAUCAGCUCCAGCAUAGAAAACUCUACACACAGUGCCGAUGCUUCCACCAACAAAUUUGUAUUUGGGCAGAAUAUGAGCGAAAGAGUGCUGAGUCCACCCAAAUCAAGUGAGCUCAGCACAGACAGUAACAAGGAAAACACCACUGGUGACUCUGGCUCUGAAUCUUCAUCACAGGAAGCCACACCAGAAAAAGCCAACAAUAUUUCAGAAUCGCUCGCUGAGUCCGCCGCAGCAUAUACAAAAGCAACGGCCAGGAAAUGUCUCCUGGAGAAGGUAGAAGUAAUCACAGGAGAGGAAGCUGAGAGUAAUGUGCUACAGAUUCAAUGCAAGUUGUUUGUCUUUGAUAAGAGCUCCCAGUCCUGGGUGGAAAGAGGCCGAGGGCUUCUGAGGCUGAAUGACAUGGCAUCUACAGAUGAUGGGACAUUGCAGUCACGGCUGGUAAUGAGAACACAAGGCAGCCUGCGAUUAAUCCUGAACACCAAACUGUGGGCUCAGAUGCAAAUUGAUAAAGCCAGUGAGAAAAGCAUCCGAAUCACAGCCAUGGACACGGAAGACCAAGGAGUCAAAGUGUUCCUUAUAUUGGCAAGUUCUAAAGACACGGGACAGCUAUAUGCAGCUUUGCACCAUCGGAUCCUGGCUUUGCGGAGUCGUGUAGAGCAAGAGCAAGAAGCCAAAAGUGCAGCACCAGUGCCCGAAGUGACACAAUCCAAUGAGGAAGACAGCGAUGAUGACGUUCUCGCCCCUUCGGGAUCACCUGGAAGCGGUCCCACUGAUGAAGUGGAUGGGCAAACAACCAGCAGUACAUAGCGGCCACGAUCCAGACCACUUGGAAGAGCAGCUGCCAGAAACCCCCUUUCGCAGGGCCCUUUGUGAGACUCAUGCCCCGGGCCAUCUUUUGCUCUGGACAGCAACAGAGGCUCUGAGAUUUAAGAACUCUGCAUCCUUGUUCUGGGUUUU